GACUCGCACAUUUCAAACACUCGCACUCGCGGACUCGUCCUCUCCUCUCCCUUCGUCCCUCGAUCCCCCCACGCCAAGCGAACCCUAGGCCCCGCCGGAGCCGCUCGGCGACGGCGUUCCGCCGCGAUGUGCCGGUGCGCGGCGGCCAUCGCGAGGGCGGUGGUGGCGUUCCUCGACGCCGUCCUCGUGGCCUGCUUCCUCUCCUGCUUCCGCACCCGGCCCCGCCCCGGCUCUGGCUCCGGCUCCAGCCGCCGCGAUGCGCUCGUGCACAGGGAUCGGGUCGGGGAGGUGCUUUGGGAUGACGAGCAAGGUUUAGGAAGGAGUGGAAGAUUUUGUGAGGAUUUGGCUGAUGGUGGCGGCAUUGAUGAGAAGGAGCUUAGACGCGAGGCAAAUUACCUCAAGUUAUGUGGCACUAUAUCUGAAAUCCCAACUGAACUUCGAAAUGAGUCACAUGAAAUCAAUUUGGAAGAUACUAAUGAGUUUAAUAUGCCCACCAAUGCAACAGCGACAAACUGUAUAUCACUAUUUGAAGCUAAUUCAUCUGAAGGCUGCAGAUGUGAGGAGCAUCACACUAUGAGGCCUGAUCUAAACAUUGAAAAUACUCAUUCAUCUUUCUUGGAGAAGUCCCCGUUUCAGAACAUCAAUCACAAGCUGUUUGAACGCAGUGGUUCACCCUUUCCAACUCCUUUGGUGCUCAAGGAUGAUGUGGAGACCCCUGGAACAAUUUAUACUUCACAUAGAGGGGCUUCUAUGUCUGGAAAGCGUGUGCGGACCCGGAAACAAUUUAUCUAUCCUGUUCUGAGACCCAUUGAGAACAAACUUCAGCAGAUGGAACUGACAGAAGAUUCUUCACCACUGGCAUCAUUCAAUCCUCCAAAAAAGAGAAACUUAGGAGCAGAUUCUAUCAAGAAGCCACAGCAGUCAUCUUCAACUUCAGUGGCUAAACCAGGAUUGUCCAAAUCUCCAUCAUUUUCUUCUCCUGAUAUUAAUGCUUCAUGCCAAGUAAAAGAAACACUCUCUCUGGAGGAGUCCAAGUGUCAGAUUGGCAGCGUAGAGCUAUUGGAUGGUGGAGAACUGUCAAAAUUCAACUCAGAUGAAAAGCAUGCUGCAUUGAGUCUGUCUCACUGGUUGAAAUCUUCAUUCACAGAUGUUGGGAAUCAAUGUGCUGUCAAGUGUGCAGCAGGGGACCAAUCGUAUGAUGAGUGCAGCCUUUUAGCCGAGAGACCUGCCUUCAUUGCUUCUGAUCUGAACUGGGAUGUUGAGAAUCCUACUCCUAUGUUGCCCAAGACAUGGGAUGGCAAUGGUAUUCCAAAUACAACCGCCAGAUACAAGGAGGAUCAGGUGGUCAGCUGGCACGCCACGCCUUUUGAGGAAAGACUGCUGAAGGUUUUAUCUGACGAGGAACGUUGCCCUCCAAGGAAAGUUGUCCGUGGGCAGAUGUUCCAUCAUGAGGAGAAAGCUGAAUAGCGAGUGGUGAUCAGAUUGCAGCCCAACUGUUGUUGAACCUGUCGGCGACCUCUGAAGCUAACCUCUGCGCCGUAUGCAAGUCACUGAGCUUUUGCCUGUUUCUGUGGGUGUGAUGCUGCGUACAAAUGGUAUAGGCUAUGGUUGCUAUGAACAUCAGCUGCUGAAAGAUACCUAGAAUCUAGGAUAGCUUUCCGUAGCUCCCCUUUCGUGAGCCCCCUUGGUGAUACAGCACCGUUGAAGCUGGGGAAAACUCCGUUUGACUGUUCACAAGCACACCCUGCUGUUGCCUCGGCGUACCGCGAGUGAAAACGUCAUCGCCAAAGCACUGUAGAGGUAGAGCAGGCUUAGACGCUUGAGCAUGUCCUUUCUUGCUCUUCCUAGUUACUUGUCAAGUUCAAUUCUCCAACCAUUAUGAGCCUGGUUCUUUUUUCUC